GGCGGGUUCCGCCGCCCAGGAUAGCGCACGGCUGGCGCUGCGGGCCCCGAGCGCUCCCGCCGCCGCCGCCGCUGCUCUCGGCCCUGCGGGCCGGCCAUGCCCGGUGCUCCGGCCGCGGCGCGCACCCAGGACCGGCAAUGAGGAGCGGCGCCGAGCGCAGGGGCAGCUGCGCCGCGGCGCCUCCAGGCUCGCCGCCCCCCGGCCGCGCGCGCCCCUCCGGCCCCGAUGCGCCCCCGGCCCUGCAGCCGCCCGCUGCCGGCCAGUCCCGGGCCCGGGACUCGGGCGAUGCCCGCGCGCAGCCGCGCCCCCUGUUUCCGUGGAGCAAGUGGAAGAAGAGGAUGGGCUCGUCCAUGUCGGCGGCCACGGCGCGGAGGCCGGUGUUUGACGACAAGGAGGACGUGAACUUCGACCACUUCCAGAUCCUUCGGGCCAUUGGGAAGGGCAGCUUUGGCAAGGUGUGCAUUGUGCAGAAGCGGGACACGGAGAAGAUGUACGCCAUGAAGUACAUGAACAAGCAGCAGUGCAUUGAGCGGGACGAGGUCCGCAAUGUCUUCCGGGAGCUGGAGAUCCUGCAGGAGAUCGAGCACGUCUUCCUGGUCAACCUCUGGUACUCCUUCCAGGAUGAGGAGGACAUGUUCAUGGUCGUGGACCUGCUUCUGGGCGGAGACCUACGCUACCACCUGCAGCAGAAUGUGCAGUUCUCCGAGGACACAGUGAGGCUAUACAUCUGUGAGAUGGCGCUGGCCCUGGACUACCUGCGCGGCCAGCACAUCAUCCACAGAGAUGUCAAGCCUGACAACAUUCUCCUGGAUGAGAGAGGACACGCGCACCUGACCGACUUCAACAUCGCCACCAUCAUCAAGGACGGGGAGCGGGCGACAGCGUUAGCGGGCACCAAGCCGUACAUGGCUCCAGAGAUCUUCCACUCUUUUGUCAAUGGCGGGACCGGCUACUCCUUCGAGGUGGACUGGUGGUCGGUGGGGGUGAUGGCGUACGAGCUGCUGCGAGGAUGGAGGCCCUACGACAUCCACUCCAGCAACGCCGUGGAGUCCCUGGUGCAGCUGUUCAGUACCGUGAGUGUCCAGUAUGUCCCCACGUGGUCCAAGGAGAUGGUGGCCUUGCUGCGGAAGCUCCUCACUGUGAACCCUGAGCACCGGUUCUCCAGCCUCCGGGAGGUGCAGGCAGCCCCAGCGCUGGCCGGCGUGCGGUGGGACCACCUGAGUGAGAAGACGGUGGAGCCGGGCUUUGUGCCCAACAAAGGCCGUCUGCACUGCGACCCAACCUUCGAGCUGGAGGAGAUGAUCCUGGAGUCCAGGCCCCUGCACAAGAAGAAGAAGCGCCUGGCCAAGAACAAGUCCCGGGACAGCAGCAGGGACAGCUCCCAGUCCGAGAACGACUAUCUUCAAGACUGCCUUGAUGCAAUCCAGCAAGACUUCGUGAUUUUUAACAGAGAAAAGCUGAAGAGGAGCCAGGACCUCCUGAGCGAGCCUCUCCCCGCCCUUGGGCCCAGGGAUGUUGCGGAGCCUCUGGAGGACGAGGCAGAGCCCUCCGCCUUGCCCAUGUGCGGCCCCAUCUGCCCCUCGGCCGGGAGCGGCUAGGCCGGGACGCCCGUGGUCCUCACCCUCAGGCUGGUUUAGAGACUCAACUGCCAGAGGAGGGCCACAGGGCAGAAGCCUGGCAUUAUGUUCCCACCCAGCAGCCUGGCUGGCAGUGCCCGCAGCGCCCUGGACACAUUUCAUACCUCGGGUUCGUGGUGUUGGAUGGGACAAGAGGCUGUGGGUGCAGCAGGCACCUGUGGAGGCCAGCAAGGAGGGCACUGCCCAUGGGCCCUGGGACCUGCCUAAUGGCGAAAGCGCUGCUGGGCGCCCCUUUGUUGCGCACAGGGGGCCGGGGCCACAAAUGGGAAGGAGCCCUUGGCCCCGCUUGGCCCCCAGGCUGGGCGUGGCCUACUUCACAAGGUGAGCACUUGCAGGGUGCCCAGGCUCGGCCCAGUUCUUGGAGGUCAAGGGCGCGGGCUGUGGGUAGCGGGUGGGGAGGCCGAUGUUUUCUGAUCACACUGCUCCAGCAUUUCUGCUGCUUCUGUAUAGUUUUCACCUCUGAGAAUUACAGUGUGAGAAGCGC